AUGCCCCUGUCUUCAAGUGGGGAACUUGAAGAACAGCAACCAUUGUUAGAUCCCGAUGACCCCAUGGUAUCACCAUUAAACCUUCGAAAUAUCCAAAUAUUGAAAACAGUCGUUAGAGUAUUGGUAUAUUUAAACUUGCUUCUCCUUGUAUUACUAGUUAUCAGUGAAUUCUUUGCUCUUCCUUGGUUAACCAAUAAAGGCAAAUCAUUUUUAGAAAUUGACUUGGUAAUAAUUUGUCUUAUUAUCAAUUCCAUUAACAACUUGUUUUUCGUUGUGCCUGCUUACUACGAAAGAAUCGUCGGAUAUGUGAUAUCAGGUUUGUUAUUAAUCGAUUUGCUUGUGAUUUUAUGUGUAUCACUGGUUAGAACAAGAUCUGGAUUCUUAGGAAUAGUAUUAAUUAUAUGGACGUGUUUGAAUUCCUUUUUAAAUUCAAUUAUUGAUUAUUAUGUCGAGGAAGCAAGACAUUAUCAAGAAAUAAGAUAUACUGGAAGAAUUGAAAAGAGACGAACUGUUGGUGAACUAGUUAUUAUGUUUUUAAAAGUCCUUGUUGAAUUAUUUCUAUUAUGGCUAAUUUGGUGUAUUAGUGUUACUUUAUUAUUACAAAGUUUUGAUGCUCAUGAGAAACCAUGGGGUAAGUUAAUACCGGUGAACAACUCCAGUCAUAGAAUCCACCUUGCUUGUUAUGGAGAUGUUUACGGUAAUAGCACCGAGCCAAUUGUCUUGGUCGAAGGGGGCCAACUGACUUCAAGCGAAGAAUUUCAAGAAUGGAUUGAAGAGUUGUAUCAUUUAAAUAAACUUGAUAGAUUUUGUGUUUGGGAUAGACCGGGGUAUGGAUUUUCAGAUUCUGCUCCGCCUCCGGUCUCCGUUGGAAUUAUUACCGAAUACUUAACCGAAGCACUAGCAAAAGAAGAUAUUCAAGGACCAUUUUCAGUUGUGGCAUUUGAUAUUGGUGGAUUAUAUGCCACGCUCUUUGCUAGUAAGAACAAACACAAGAUUCAUUCGAUAUUAUUUGUUGAUUCUUGGUCAGUUGACUUGUUGAAGAAAUGGCCAUUCAGUGGUGGUAAUAAGAAGAAUGAGGAUCCAAAUGUAUUUAAAGGAUCUCUUCAAUUAAUGGAUAAUAUCAUGGGAUUUAAAUUAUGGUUACGAGGAUUCGUAUCCCCCUUAGGCUUGAUAACAAAUAUCCAUUGGUUUUUCCAUCCUAUGAAAUAUUCUAGCAAGAGUAGAAUUUUCGGAAGAGACAUGAUUUAUCAAUCCAAAUACCUUCGUGCAAGAUGUCAGGAACAAUUGACUUCUGGUAUACUCUCGUGGAAUGAAGUUCAAAAUGCCGAUAUAACUGACAUUCCAAUAUCGGUGAUAUCUUCGGAUUACAUGAUUAAAAAAUCGUUAAAUUGGGGGAAAUGGCAACGGGAAAUUACCAGACGAAGUGAUAAAUUGAAUGAAUGGGUAAUUGCUGAAAACAGUAGUCAUUUUAUUUGGAGAAGUGCUGUUGGUAGAAAAGAAUUGCAGCAAUUGUUAUUAAGAUUAAUAGGAAAACAGCAUUUUUUAAAGUAA